AUGGCCAAGACUCUUCCGUCGGGGCUAUAUGCUCCCUUACCAGCUUUCUUUAAUGAUGCAGAUGAGCUAGGCAAGCAGUAUAUCGAGUCCUACGUGAAGCACGCCAUCUAUGUCGCCAAGCCAGGGGUCAUUCCCGUCGUCUCCGCCACAAUAGGAGAGGCUGCGCACCUGGAUCGCCAAGAGCGUAUUCAGCUGAUCCGAGCUGUACGUUCUGCUCUCGACGAGAACAACCUGCGCGAGACACCAAUUGUAGCCGGUGUAGGCGCGACAAGUACUCGAGAGACAAUCCUUUUCUCUCAAGAUGCGGCAGCCGCUGGUGCUGACUUUGUGCUUGUCAUCGCACCAAGCUAUUUUGCCGCUGCGCUGAAGGCAAAUCCGGUCACCAUCAAGACUUUCUUCACUGAUGUGGCCUCCAAAUCGCCGGUGCCAGUAGUGAUAUACAACUAUCCACCAGUUGCUGGUGGCAUUGAUCUAACGAGUGACGACAUCGUGGACAUUGCAAGGGCUGCCCCAAAUGUGCGCGGCGCUAUGUUAUCGUGCGGUAACGUCGGGAAGGUCUCAAGGAUCUCAAGUCUUCUAGACGACUCGUUUAGGACGUUCGCCGGCUUUAUCGACUUCCUUCUGCCAUCUGUCUCGGUUGGUUCUGCCGGCGCAAUUAGCCCAUUGCCAAACGUUCUUCCCAGCUUUGCUAUGGACGUGUGGCGCAGCACACAAAAUCUCAACACUUCUCAAGAUUGGGCCAAGGCCCGACGGCUUCAGGAACAGGCAUCUUUGGCAGAGGCGGACUUGCUGUCUGGCGGGGUGGCCGGCGUGAAGUACUUGUUGAACAAGCAAUUCGGAUACCCCGCCGCUCCCAGGCUUCCUCUGCAGCCCUUGAGUGAAGAAGCCGCAAAACGUCUCGUUCAAAAGAAGCAUUUGAAGCAACUGCGGGACGCGUAA